AUGUCGGAGAACUUCCCCGAUAUAAUUCCCCAACAUAUCCCCUUCGACCACACGUACAUCCUCUAUGACCCAACCGACAUCAUCUCCAUCAUAUCAGUCCAGUUCUCACUAUUGCCCAUCUACAUCAUGGUCUUUUAUCUCCUGUGGUUCCUCGUGACACGCGAGAUCGAGCCCGUGAUCAUUGUCGCGGGCCACCUAUGCUCGGAAGUAGUGAACAAAGUGAUGAAGCUUAUAUUCAAGAACCCACGACCAGAUUUCCAUCGCGAGUUUGGCGCGAUAAAUGGCAAAGGACACGUUUUGAACUACGGCAUGCCCUCUGCGCAUGCGCAGUUCAUUGGCUUUUUCGCUGCUUAUUAUUCGUGUGUCCUACUUUUCAAGAUUGAGCAUUUGAAAAAAUGGCAUAGGCGCACAGGGAGCUUGGUGUUGAUGAUGGUGGCUUUCGGGGUCGCUGGGUCGCGGAUCUACUUGCAGUAUCACACGUGGCAGCAAGUUGUCGUUGGUGUUGUUGUCGGGGUGAUUUUUGGGCUUUGCUAUUUUGUCGUGAGUUCCGUGGUUAGGGAUGUCGGAGUGGUGGACUGGGUGUUGAGGUGGCCCGUGGUGCGAGCUUUCCAUGUUAAGGAUUCAUAUUUCCAUUGCUAUCAGUCGUUCCAGGAUGAAUAUCGCACUUAUCUUCGACAGAAACGCGAGCAAAAGGACAAACGCAACAAGAAAGCUGUAUGA